UUAUUUAUUCAGAUAACCUUUGUGUACUGAUCGAAAAUAAUUUUGAUAAUUGUAUUUUGACUAUUAAAAUAAAUUGUUGUAAAUAACUAGUGCUUUUAUGCUGCCAUCUAAGCUAAAGUCAUAAUGUGUUUUAUUAUGUAAUUUAUGUUUCUUGCCAUAUAAAGACGAUAAUAUUUAGUUAUCUAGAACAAAAUAGGUCGAAGCGCAUUUUUACGCGUUAUUUGAGGUCACAAUACUUGAAGUUCAAAAUAUUUGUACUCAAUAUUUUUAUUGAUAAAAGAGAAUUUAUGUAUUUCUUAUCUCGAAUUUGUCAAUGUUUACUGCAACGAUUUCACGUUGUAAUAUCUUAUCACAGGAAUUUAUUUACUUAACAGGCAUCUGUUUAUUACGGUAACAAUAUAUGUCUAGAAUAUGCCAUAAAACUAAAACUGAAUAUAAGUUCACUCACAGAUGUAUGUACAAACACAUUUUAGUUAGAAAAAAUGAAGUUCGUCGUAGUCUUAUUUUGUUUUUCUGUCGUGCUGUGUUCGAUGUUGAGAAGUGUUUCUGGUGAUGAAAAAUCAUUGAUUUUACGCCAAAAACGCGAUUCAAAUAUGAGAGAGUUGAUAAAAGAACUUGCAAGGAAACUAAGUGAUUCUGCACACCAAGCAAUUGAAGCAGUAAAAAACUUCACUGCUGGCAUCAAAGAUGAAGUACAACAGUACAUAGAGAAAAUUCAUGCAGACAGACAGAGAUUAAGGAGACGAAUUACAAAGGCCGUUAAAAAAGUAACCGAUAAAUUAUUUGAGGUUGGAGAGGGAAUAUCAACCUGCAUAGAUUCUCAUCGUGAAGAAGCUGAUAAUCUCAUUGAUCAAACAUAUACUAGGUCCAGAAGUUGUGCUGAUGAUCGUAUAAAAGAAGUGAACGAUAUGAUAGACGAUCUUAUCACAGAGUCGAAUUCAGCACUGAAUUAUUCUAAAGAAGUAUUGGAAAGCAUGAGAAAUUGCUCCAUAGAUGAUGAUGGGUCUCUUUUAAAUGUGGGCAAAUGUUUAAGUCCUCUAACAAAUGAGGCUCAGACUACUGGAGCAAUAUUCACUACGAAUAGUGGAAUCUCGAUCGCACGUAUCAACUUGGCUAUCGGGACAUUGCCGGCUGCAUUCGAAAUGUGCGCUGGUUUUAAUAUGAUAAGAGCAACUAUCGGCACUGCAAAAAUAAUAAUUGACAUUGGAAGAUGCUCGGUGAAAUCUGUAAUCGAAUCUUUUGUUGAAAAUAUUUUUCAGGUUUGCGUUAUUCGACAUUAUUGUCUUUUAUUGUUAAUUUUGUUGUCGAAUUACAUAUUUUCUUUGAUCAUGCGUUUUGUACUACUUUUGUUCCUACUUACUUUGUGUUCUCAGGACGUGUACAGUGUCCUGUCUAACGAACAUAAUGUAAAUAAGAUGUCAACUGUACAACGGACUUCAGAGUAUCGACGAAGCGUCGCAGAUUUAUGGAAUAGCGUAAAGCAAAGUGCAAUCAAUGCAUGGGAAUCCGUGAAGAACAUCGCUAAACAUACUGCAGAAAGGAUAAAUAUAUGGGUACAAAACGUAAAAACAAAAGCAAAUGAAAUAAAUUCAAUGUUCAGAAGUCGUCUACAGAACAUGAAAAAAGAAAUGAACAAUCUAAUUGCCAGUAUUAAAGUUUCAGGUAUCCUAGUUAAACAAUGCAUCAAAAGACAGCAGAAAGCAAUAGAAAAAAUCCUAAAGGAUAUAUUAGUAAACGUAACGACUUGCAUAUCACAAAGUACUUACUAUCUACCUAUGCUAGAAGAAACAGGCAAUCAACUAUUGAUUGACAAGGAUGAAUUUAUUGCUAAUAUAGAUAAGGAAUUACAAGCUUGUCUCAAUAACGAAGAUAUUGAUGAAUGUUUUAACGAUGUGAGGAAAAAAGUAUAUAAUGAUUUAGAGAACGAGGAAAAAGGCAUACUAAAAUAUAGAGAUGAAACCAGAGCAAUUGCAGACGAUAUUUUAAACACAAUUGUUUCUUGUACGAGCAACGGUCUUAUAGAAGCUUCCGCUGCUAUCACGAAUACAACUAUACAGAUCAUAAAAUGUGUAUCUGACGCAUCAUUCAACUGAUGAUUACAUUUUACUUAUCGUUGGCUUCUAAGACCAUAAUCCUUGUAUGAAAAAUAACUUUUUCCCUCUCAUUAUCUUUGACAAAACAGGGAUGAUAAUAUGUUUUAACCAGGGAUUCAGUUCUCAGAAACCAACGAUUAAUAUUUGCACAUUAUUUACUCGCAAAAUAUAAAUAAGAAACAAAAUAUGUCAAUU